AUGUUUUCUUCUCCCUGCACAACCGCCACCGGCAACGGGUACGAGGCAUCGAACGUAGCAGAGCUGAGAUGGUCGAGUGCGAGUGGGCCGAGAAGCGGUGUAGAGUCGAAGGGUUCGAUGGCGCUGUACUCCGACUCUGCAGGUACGACGCCGCCACUUGGCUGCGGUAGUGAUUCGGUGGCUGCAGCGGCAUCGAUACCGCCAGCCGGACACGUGACGUUCUCUACCGCUGAUCUCGUGGACAGGAGCGCCUUCUUGUUUGGACUUCUUCAGUCUGAUCACUUGGUGCAUGAUGUGCACGACGCCAUCUCUAUUCUCAACAGCGUGGCUGCUGACAAGGCGGACGACGGCGACCUCCGUGGCCGCGCUGCGGGCGGCCGGGGCGGCGGCGGGGGGGCCCUUUCGGCUGUCUUUUACUUUAUUGCCCGCUCUCCCAGCCCCGACAUGCCGUGGCGCCCCACUUACACCAGCGCCGUACUGCUGUGCAUAUUUUCCACCGCGGAGGCGGCGCAGCGGGCGGUUGCCCGUGUCAACGGCGUACUACUGCACACCAUGCAGACGGAGGUGCGAGACUCUACAUCGAUGGCACAGAUCUCAUCGCCGUACCUUGUCCUCCGGCCGGCCAGGGAGUUUGCCCUGGGGCCGGAACAUACGGACACGGCGUUGCUCACCUAUCUCACGACGCCACGGUUGGUGGACUUGCUGCUGCGUCGCCAGAGGAAGCAAAAGCCGCACGACAGGGUUGCAGACGACGUAGAGCAGCGUAGCGCCAUGGAGUCGUACACUCGAGCGAACUUGCCACCAGCGUAUCUGUGCGGCUCCGCCGCGCGUCUUUACGCUGCCAUCCUGAGCCCACAAAGUCCUUACGCAGUGGACUGGGCGGCGGCGCGCGUGGCGAUGGAUCGUGGGGACGGUAUCGUGGUGCCGGAGAUGAGCGUGGUAGAGCCAUGGGCUUGCGGUGGGGCUGGGGGGUACGAUCGUGAGAAAAACUCUACCUCCAUCGCUGCCGGUACCCCGCCCGUCGACAGAGGUUCGCCGCUGUUGUUGCAGGGAGCAGACAUUGAGCGUCGCCGGCGCGCGGGCGUGGCGGGUGCUGCCCGCUACAUCCCAAUGACACUGCAGGAAGAGGAGUAUUAUCGUCGAUACGGUUCUGGGUCGCCGAACCACACGGCCAGCAACCGUGCCCGUUGUGGCAGUGUGGAGGGGCUGACAGAGCUGAUGCCCUCUCGUGGCUCCCUCUAUCGUGGUGCACAGGGCGUUCUGCAUGGUCUUUCGUGGUUCUGUCGCCGCGCCUACGAGAGCCUUGGUGGCAAGGAGGCGGCGCUGAUCAGCGGCCCUAGUAGCCUUCCAGCGGCGCCGGCGGUUCGCAGCGCGUCACCGCAAGCACCUCCUGGACCCACAGGCACUUCCAAUCAAGUGCCAUUCGCUGGGUCAGCAACCGAGAUGAGCGAGACGCGGGAUUUCUACGAGCCUCCGCGGGUGCGGCACCGCGUGGAGGGCGGCGGGCUCGACGGUGUGCGCGACGCCCGUAGAGGAGGUGCUCAGGCGAUUAUGAUCCCUCGCUACAAUGCGGUCGGGUCUGCACUAUCGUGGCUGCCGGGGUUUCACUACGUCGCGCCGCUCUUCGUCACGGGCUCCUUCCUGCUGGGUGGCACCGCGCCACCGCCGCCUCAGCGCCGUCGUAUGCGUGAGGAGGAGAGUGGAAAAGAGGCACAAGUAUACGGCAUCGUGUCAGCGGGUGGGUGGCGACGCGAUGGCACCCAAGCCCUGUCGUAUUCCUCGCUCAACCGCGCUGAGAUGCCAGCGCCGUUCUCGGACAGCGCAGCAUGGGGUGACCUUCCGCGGCACUCUAAGGUCUCGACUGCGCCUCAGCGAGCCGCUUUGUCCCCGGUAUUGUGGAAUUCACCGGCGCGGCCAUCUCAGUCGUUUCCUUCGCCGCCGCCACUGUACUCGGCGGAUGCCUCACAAGCAGCUCCUGGCACAGGGCCCCCUCUGGACUCACUUCUGCCAACGCCGAUGGUCUCCUCUAUUGCCCCCAGUCGAUCCUACAUGCCUCUUCACGACGACAAUUUUGCGUCAUCCAGCGAGAACGCAUCAGUGUCAGCACUCUGGAGGCCACACACCGCUGCCAAGUCCCACUCCACCGCCGCUUCAUCCCGAGGGAGCCGCGAUUACAUUCGAGCUGAUGACGUGGACGCAGCUGGCGGGGGAUCUCGGGGAGCUCGCCAUGCGCACACUGCUGGUAGUGGCACACCACUUGUUGCAGGUACACUUAGGAGGGACUCCGCUACGAGAUUUGGUGGGGCGAAAUCCAGCGGCACACUUGCAGAUGAGCUUCGCGCCUUCGCCGGCAGUACUGUAGCAGGCCCGCAUGGCCGUACCGGUAGCCAGGAUGAGAUGCGGACCACCGCCGCAGACACUGCUCUUGGUGGCCAGGGAGGAAGAAAAUCUAGCUCCCGCACAUCGCGCCGUACGGUAGAGUUCAGCCUUCCCGACAGGACCAAGUAG